AUGCCUUCCACUCGCCAGUUCGACCCCACUUUCACCGCCUCUGUCAUCAAUGGCAUGGGCCCCAAAACCCCCGAGCGUGCUCGCGUGGUCUUGGGUUCUCUGAUCAAGCACAUCCACGACUUCGCUCGUGAGGUCGAACUGACUCCCGCCGAGUGGAUGCUCGGCGUUGAGUUCAUCAACUCGAUCGGCCAAAUCAGCACUCCGAUCCGCAACGAAGGUCACCGCAUUUGCGACGUGAUCGGCCUAGAGUCUCUCGUCGAUGAGAUCGCCAAUAAGAUCGUCACCGAGGACGGUGUAGCCCCUACCUCCAAUGUCAUUCUUGGCCCCUUCUGGUCUCCAAACGCUCCCUUCCGCGCUCUCGGCGACAGCAUCAUCCAAGACCCGAAUCCCAAUGGCCGUGUCACUUUCAUGCACGGUGUCAUCAGGGACAUGGAAAGUGGAAAUCCGAUCGUCGGCGCAGUUCUGGACAUCUGGCAAGCAUCGGCCAACGGCCAAUACGAUUUCCAGGACCCUGCCCAGACCGACAACAACCUUCGCGGCAAGUUCCGAUCGAAUGAGAAGGGAGAAUUCAACUGGUACUGCUACCACCCCACUCCUUACUCCCUGCCGACCGACGGCCCCGCCGGUGUUCUGCUCAACCUCAUGGACCGCUCGCCUAUGCGUCCCGCUCACAUCCACCUGAUGAUCACUCACCCGGAAUACGCGACCGUAAUCAACCAGAUCUACCCCAGCGAUGAUCCCCACCUCGCCAUUGACUCCGUCUUCGCUGUCAAAGAUGAUCUCGUUGUGGAGUUUAAGCCCAAGACCAACGACCCCAAGGCUACCCUCGACUUAGAGUACAACGUGAAGAUGGCCCUCAAGAAGCACCACCCUAACCCCAACUCUGCUCCUCCCGUAUCCUCUUUUGAGCGUCACUCGAAGGCGGCUAAGGAGGCUCAGGCCCAGGGAAAGCUUUAA